AUGGACAUGGCUCCCGAACAAAACUUGAAUGCCAGCGCCACAUGGGAGGAUGUGAGCAUCCCAGCCCAUGGCGUCUCCGGCCCUGGCCUUUUGGUCGCGCUGUUUCUUGUCGCCCUGCCACUAUUGUAUUGCUUCAGUCACGACAAGACGUACAAUGACGCACUCCCAGUGGUCAAUCGGUAUUUCUCCAGGGAACCACAUGCUCUGGCACGGCUGCGAUGGGCUGUUCGCGCUAGGAAAAUACUGGACAACGCCCAUCAAAAGUUCGGGGGUAGUCCGUACAGGCUGGCCCGCGGCGACACCGAUGUCAUCGUCCUCUCGGCCGACCACAUUCCAGAGCUGAACAAACUCCCCGUCGAGGUCAUUAGCUCGAGGCAAUGGCACGCACUAACAAUGCUCGGCCACCUGACUGGCAUUGAUAUUGUGCGGCGCACGAGCUAUCACGUCAAGAUAUUACUUAGCCGGAUCAGCCCAGCAUUGCCAGAUCUGCUGGAACCGACGGGCCAGCGUGCUUGCCGAGCGCUGGAGCGCCUGCUUCCCCAGGACCCUGAGGCUCCGUGGACCGUCAUAGACCCCCUCGACACUGUGGUGAAGUGUGUCAGCGAGGUUGUUUCUUUGGUGUUAUACGGGCCACCGACCUGUGAUGACCCCGAAAUGGUGCGAUUAUGCCACGAGCACACGAAGCACCUAUUCACCAUUGUCUUUAUCAUGCGCUGGAUCCCCACAUUUCUUCAGCCGUAUCUGGUGUGGCUCCUCCCCCAAAAAUGGUACCUCGAGAGUGGCUGGAAGGUCAUAGAGGACCGCAUCGUUCCAUUGGUCAAACAACGCAUGAAGGAAUCCGACGAAGGCCUCCCAACAAACCCCGACAUGAUCUCCUGGAUGGUCAAAGACGCGCGGUCGGCCCUGCAGAAGGACCCAUGGUCCCUCGCCCGCCUCACCGGCACCCUCACUGCCGGCGGCACCUACAGCACGGCCAACUUCGUGGUCGAGACCAUAUGCGACCUGGUAGCUCACCCCUGGCUCCUGGAGGAGGUCCGCGAGGAGAUCCGCGCCCAGCACGCGAGGUGCGGCGGCGUCUGGGACCAGGCCGCCUUCAACGGGCUGGACAAGCUCGAGUCCGCCAUGAAGGAGAGCAGCCGCCUCGCGCCGAGCGCCAUGCUGCUCUACGGCCGCGUCGUCGGCGAGGACUACACGCUGUCCGACGGGCUGCGCCUCAGGAAGGGCCAGACGAUCGCCGUCGGCGCACACCACAAGUCCAUGGACCCGGGGGUGUUCGAGGACCCGGAGGCUUAUAGGGGCCGGCGCUUCUACGACGCCGACCUGGCGAGCCACCGCGCGCAGCCGUUCCGUCACGUCGACCCGUUGCUUCUAACCUGGGGUUCGGGCCGCUGGGCGUGUCCGGGCCGGUUCUUUGCCAGCAUGACUGCGAAGGUUCUGCUGGUUAAGCUCCUCGACGAGUAUGAGUUCAAAUUCCCGAAUGGGAAGCGGCCGCCUAAUGCUAUGAUGCACGAGUUCAUUCUGUUCCAUCCUUUUGGGAGACUCUCCGUACGGCGGAGAAAGGAGGACCUUGGUAUUCGUUUUUGA